AACAUCAUUAAUGCCAUAGCGAUUUGACUUUUGCUUUGACUCCUGUACAUCUUUUAACGAUACGGAGGGGAAGGCGCUGUAGCUAUGAGGGCGCUCAUAACCGUCCCACUGUUGGCGGCGCUUGCUGCGGCGCUGCCACAGCUGGAGACAUUCUCGAUUCGCCCCAUUGAGACGGAAGAACCAGCGACGUCGGUAGAUCGAAUCGAGCCCACGGCGACGCCUACAGAUAUUGGUCCGAUCGAGACGGCCAGAGCGUGUAGUCAACUCAGCUUCCUUAUUUCUGAAAGCGAGGAGGAUUAUCCGAUUGUCGAUGCGGACUUGGCAUAUGCAUGUCUUCAAACGGUUCCCAUCGAUAAGUCAAGAGCAUCGACGACAAUCAAGUCGAUAAAACAGAUGAUUGAAUAUCAGUCCACGCUCAAAUAUCUCGCAGACCCACCAUCAGGCUAUUUCAACCCAGCAGUGGAUCUCGUCGCCGGUCUGGACGACAUAGGCCAAAAGGUCGAGAGCGGUGACUACGCAAACGAGUUUGAUUUCGAGCAAGACAUAGCAGCUCUCCUAGGAAAAGGCUAUGAUGGCCAUCUGGGGUUCGACGGCAUGACGUUCAGCGGUGCCAUACGCUGGAGGCGGUCGACGCGGGCUGCAUUGGCGGCAGCGUCUAGCGAUGGGAAGGAUGCGCCAAAGGUUUGGGCCAUUCAGGACUUCAACAGCACAGACAAGGAAGAGGGCAAGCGCAGCGCAGUGACGCAAAUCAACGGGAAAGACGUGGUGCAGUUCCUGGAAGAAGAGGCAGCAAACGUCCCCUAUCAUGAUCCCGAUGUUCGAUUCAAUGCCAUGCUGUAUCAGCUUCCCGCGCAGAUGUCGGGUAACUUUAUCAAUCCGCCAUUCUACCCCGGUCCGGUCACGAACCUGACUUUUGAAAAUGGAACAACCCAGACGUUUCUCAACUCCGCAUUGGUGACUGAUAGGGAUUCUUGGAGUGAUAUAAGCAAUGGGAAAGACUUCUACGACGUGUUUGUUCGAUACCAGAGGAACAUUUUCAAGCUCAAAAAGAGAAGCACCACACAUAAGUUACCACAUCGGCUCCGCCUACCAAAGGAAGCUGACAUCGGGAUCGAAGCUGUCGUCCCCUUUAACUACCCCGAACCCGCGUUCCAACACCAAUCCCCAGAUGUUCCCCUGGGAGGCUACUACAUCGAAACGGACAUUGGCACCAUUGGUGUACUUAGCAUCCAAACAUUCGAGACGGAACCCGACUCCGCAGCCGAGGAAUUCCAAUCCGUCGUCCAGAACUACAUCGCCGAAUCGCUCAAUCGCAAAGUAACCCGACAUAUCAUCGACAUACGCAGCAACCCCGGCGGCCUCGUCAUGCACGGCCUAGACACCUACUUGCAAUUCUUCCCGAGCCAGAAUCCACAGAACCUCGGCCGUUACCGCGCAACGGAAGCAGUCAACAUCAUCGGCGAGCAAAUAGGCAAACUACCCCUCGACAGCUCGACGAUCGAAAUCUACGCCAACCCCUUCAACUUCAACCCCUACCUGGACCGCAACGAAAAGCCCUUCCCCUCGUGGAAGGCCAUGUACGGCCCGCAAACCUUCCACUCAGACACCUUCACCAACCUCUGGCGCUACAACCUCUCGGACCCGCUCGUCACCUCGUCGGACCGCUUCUCCAUCGGCAUCACCAUGACGGGCUUCGCCGACCGCUCAAACUUCACCACCGACCCCUUCAAAGCAGAGGACCUCGUCAUCCUCACCGACGGCCUCUGCGCCUCCACCUGCGCCCUCUUCGCCGAACUCAUGACGCAGCAAUCCGGCGUCCGCACCCUCGCGCUCGGCGGCCGGCCCACCGUCCCCGGCCCCAUGCAGACCGUCGGCGGCACAAAGGGCUCCCUCGUCCUGCGCUACGAGCAGCUGAGCGCAUACGCGCAAUUCGUCAUCGCGACCUUCGCCGAGACGAGCACGCAGCGUCGCGAGUGGAGCGCCGCGCUGCCGCAGUACGAGGGCAUCGCGUACGCCGAGGGCGGCGCGGCAGUCAACUUUGCGGAUAGCAUUCGCUGGGGGUUGGAGAAGGAUGGGGUGCCGACGCAGUUUUUGAAUGAUAGCGCGAGUUGUCGCGUUUGGUAUCGGGUCGAGGAGUAUUUGGAUGUCAGGGCGUUGUGGAGGCGGAUGGCGAGGGUGGCCUGGGGUGGGAAGGGGGUUGGCGGGUUGGAUGAGGGUGAGUGUGUGGAGGGCAGUGUGACGAGUAGGGAGCAGCAGACGGGGUUGGGGCCGGGGACUCCGACGAGUCACGAUGGGGGUGGCGGGGAGGGGAAGCCGAAGAAGAAGGGUGAGGCCGGGAGGAGGUUUGGGUCUGGAGAGGGCGCGUGGACGGCUGUGGUGGUGUUUUUAUCGGUUUGGCUGUUGUUGGGGGUGUAGAUGGAUUGUGAGUUUGGUGGAUG